AUGCAACCGACCCUGAUCGACCCCAACGAGUACGUGGAAGCGGCCGAAGGCACGCUCCAGUUUGGCGACCAGGCCCAGCAGGGCAAGUUCGAGCUCGGGGUGUGCAUGGCCAUCUACAAGUGGGAGGAGUUGGCCACCGCCGUCGACAAUAACUGGGGGGGUCCCCAGCUGGCAGACAAACGGGACUGGAUCUCGGGGGUGGUGAUUGACCUUUUCACCGAAAACAAGAUUGUCGACAUCCAGCUCAUUGAAGAUACUUUGCUUUACGCCAUGGCCGACGAGUUUGACACUGAAGUCGAUAACGACUCUGCCCUUGAGAUUGGGGCUUUAGUGUUUAAGCUCUAUCAGGAAUGCGCUCAAGAGAAGUACGAUACCGUCGAUGCGUUGUACCAGGCGUACCAGGAAAAGCAGGCGUACAGAGCGAAGCAUUUGGUUGAGCUUCAGGCGGAUCCUAACAACCCUUCGGACUCUGACGACGACAGCGACGACGAUGAAGAAGACCACGACCACCACCACCAACAUGAUAACCAGGGCCACCUCCACACUCACCACGAGGACCUGAUGGACGUGGACGACGGGCCUGUGGUUGACGACGACGGGUUCGAAUUGGUGCAACCUAAGCGCAAGGGGAGACGGUAA